CCUGCAGGAAACAGCGGCCAGGAUACGCCCGCAUGAACCCGAAACUCCCCCGUUUCAGUCUCUGCGGCCACAAAAAGAGAGUCGCCAUGGCGUGAUGUGCGUUUCGUUUUCCGCGUAUACUUGCACCCAUCUGUACUAGAGCUGCCGCCCGUCACACGCGUCGCUGUUUCGGCGCAGGUAUUUUUUUUCCUCUCGGUAGGGUGUUUGUUUACGGGCAUAGCGGACAAAACGGGAAGAGAUCCCACAAGAAGGGAUAAGAGAUAUCAGCAAAACAGAUCAAGCGGCAACAAACGGGAGCCGGCCGGAGGGGCCAGAAAGAAGGAAGCCGCUUGAAAUACAGCAGAAGGUGCGCGGACGCCCUUCGCCUUGCGCAGUAUGGAUCGCUCAGACGCGAAAAUGCGCUACAACACACAGGAGCCGGACGGGGAGACCUCCAUCCAGUUCCUUCCAGCAUCCGAACCCAAGCCAGUCAAGAAAGACAAGCGCAAGACGUGGGUCGUGGUCGGCGUGGUGAUCGCCGCCGCCAUCAUCGCAGUUGUGGUCGGGCUGCUUGUCUGGUGCUUCCUCAAGUCAAUGACCGUGAAGAAGAUGUACGGUGGCUCCAUGCGCAUCACCAGUGAGACCUUUCAGGAUGCCUACGAAGAUCCCAACAGCACCGAGUACCAGGCUCUUGCUGGUCGGGUGGUGUCACAGCUGGCGUCGAUUUAUCAGAAUUCGCCAGAUACAUCCAAAUAUUAUGUGGGAACAUCCGUGGAAGGUUUCAGUGAAGGCAGCGUCCUCGCCUAUCAUCUGUCUGAGUUCAAUGUACCAAAAGGUCAGGAGGACACUGUGGACCAUGCCAUAGGUACCGCCAGUAAGAUACAGAGCCGCAUGGCCGGAAACACGGAGUCGCUGAGUUUCGAGGACCUGACGUCGUCAGCUGUGGACUCCAGAAUGUUCCAGAAAAAGCUCACCUCCAAAAAGAAAUUCAUUCUUCAUGCCAAGGGAGACACGCCCCAAGAGCUAACAUCGCCUGGUUUCCCCAACUCGACCUACCCCUCCAACACCAUCAUCUUGUGGCAGCUACGAGCCGACCGGGGUAACAUAAUCAAGCUGAAUUUCGACACCUUCAUGUUGGACGACGACUGUAGGAAGGACUUUGUCAGGGUGUACGACUCGCUCGUGGAGGACGAGAGCUGCCUGCUAGCCGAGAAGUGUGGACACUACGCCCCCACAGAGCCCGUGACCUUCUUCUCGUCCGGGAACGUCAUGCUGCUCACGCUGGUCACCAAUGACAAGCACAGCUACCCCGGGUUCAGGGCUUACUUCAGCCAAGUCCCUAUAUCCACACGAGUGUGUGGUACUACACUCAGCGGGUCCAAUGGAAACUUCAACAGUCCAGAGUACCCUAACUAUUAUCCUCCUUCCGUCGAGUGCUUAUGGAAUAUCCAGGUGCCUGCCGGUAAAUAUGUCAAAGUGAGGUUUCUGAAGUUCCUCCUGUCAGAACUGGGUCACAUUGGCUCUGAUUGUCAGAAGGACUACGUAGCGAUAGAUGGGCAGAAGUACUGUGGCGAAAAGAAGGACGUGUUUGUGGUCAUUAACAAGAGCAACAUGAUGAAGGUGCUGUUCCAUGCUGACAAGUCUCUUGUCGACCGAGGGUUCCUUGCUGAAUUCGAGGCCUUCGAACCCACCAACCCUUGUCCCGACACUUUCCGCUGCAAGAACUAUCGGUGCAUCAAGCCGCAGCUGCAAUGCAACGGCUGGAACGACUGCGGAGACAACAGCGACGAGAUGAACUGCAAAUGUAACCAGACUCAGAUCAGCUGCAAGAACGGCUUGUGCAAGUCCCCAAUCUGGAAAUGUGACGGCGUGGAUGACUGUGGCGAUGGCACUGACGAGAUGGGUUGCGGGACGUGUCAGAGCGGGGAGGUGAGCUGCCAGAACGGGAAAUGCAUCUCGGAGAAGAUGAAAUGCGACGGCCAGGAUAACUGUGGCGAUGGUUCUGACGAGCAAAAUUGUGCCAGCGUCUCUGUGAUACCAUGCACCAACUUCACCUACCAGUGUGCAGACCAGAAAUGCAUCAACAAGGUGAACCCGGAGUGUGACGGUACUCCAGACUGUGAGGACGGCUCGGAUGAGGCCAGCUGCGACUGUGGCAGACAGCUCUUCAGGAUGUCCCGCAUCGUGGGGGGCCAGAACUCCCUGGAAGGGGAGUGGCCGUGGCAGGUCAGCCUGCACGUCAAUUCGGGGCACGUGUGCGGCGCGUCGCUAAUCAGCGACACCUGGCUGGUCACGGCUGCACACUGCGUUCAGGACGAAGACAAUCUGCGGCUUUCUCAGCCAGGUACGUGGGAAGUGUACCUUGGCCUGCAUGAUCAGAAUGUAAAAGACAUCCAGAGGGUGGUGAGGAAGCUUCUGAAGAACGUCAUCCAGCACCCCAACUACAACCCCUACACCUAUGACUUCGACAUUGCACUGAUGCAGCUGGACAGUCCCGUGACCUUCAGCCAGUACAUAAUGCCCGUCUGCCUGCCCAACCCUGCCCAUGACUUCCCCGUGGGGAAAUCUGUCUGGGUGACCGGCUGGGGCACCACACAGGAGGCCGGAAGAUUAGCUCAGGUGCUCCAGAAGGCUGAGGUGCGGAUCAUCAACAGCACCGUGUGUAACCAGCUGAUGGCCAACCAGAUCACUUCGCGCAUGCUGUGCGCCGGCGUGCUGUCAGGAGGCGUGGACGCAUGUCAGGGAGACUCUGGCGGCCCCCUGACCAGCCUGGACAUUGGAAGGCGCUACUUCCUGGCAGGAGUGGUGAGCUGGGGAGAUGGUUGUGCUCGCAGGAACAGACCUGGCAUCUACACACGGGUCACCCAAUUUCGUGGCUGGAUCAAGGAGAAGACUGGGGUGUAGAUGACCCAGGCAAGGGGCGGAACAUGUGACUCAACCUGCCGCCAUCGGUUAAAGUCUAGAUCCAGCCUGUGACCUCAUAGCAGCUGAUAUACAUCCGCAGACUCUGUCCCCCUGAGGACUUCACCCCAGCCACAAAUGGAGAGCAGUUACAGGGCACCUGACCCCAAAAAGUCCCAAAAGGGAUGCACUAUUUUGAAAAGAGAGCAGGACUGCAUUUCUCCCUCCUCUAUCCUCUUCCUGUUUCUAAGGUCCUUCCUUCCUUUUUGCAGUUGUAAAUAUUUUUACUGUGACGUAGCUGCAAUGCAGUCUUUCUUUGUAAUGUUCUUUUUAAUUUUGUCAAAUUGUGAAGGCGAGUCUGUCUGCUGGUGAAGGUGAUAAGCCGUAUGUCCUCAGAGGGAAGCUCCCUGCCGCUUUACAGGGGACAUAUAGAGAUAUAUAUUUUUUAAUUUGGGCUUUCAAAAUGUAGUUUCCACAUAACAGGUGCCUUACAUACCAUAAAUCUGCUUUGUAAAUCUUGGAUGAUUUUACACUGUCAUCCAAACUGAAUCCCCCAUCAAAAAAUAUCACCAUUUUUGGGGAGAAUUCAGUCAUCCAGGAGUGUCCUGACUGCAUCUGUGUUGUGUAUGAAUAUGGUUUUUAUUCCACUCCAGUUUUAUUCCACAAAGUUGUUUUAAUAUGACGUGAAUAUUUAAUACUGUAAUAAAACCUCGUGCCUCUCUUA